ACACAGCGAGAGGGCGAGAGGGCGGUGAAGAAUAUGGGAGAGCGGUGGGGGAGAUGAGUAUGAGAUGAUCCAAUCAUUUGUUUCCUUUUUGUCUCUCUCAUGAAUUAUUAAUGGAUUGAUGAUUCUGCUAUUCUUUUCCAUUCCUGUGUGGUUCUGUUCUCUCAGUUCGAUAUUUCUUCCAGUUGCAUUGCACCUCUGACUGUGCCGAUGCGGCGCCCAUGGAUUUUUGGAAAAUGUGGCUGCUCUCUCUCUCUCUGCCUCUUGCCUUUACCUCCAUCUGAAGAGCCUUCUGAUCGCCCUAUGACCAUGACGUCGUCCAUUGAGGCAAAAUCUGGUUCAGAUACAAGGAAGUUCCCAAAUCAAUUUCAUUAUCAGAGGAAGAAAGGAGGUUGAUGGCUUCUGAUUUGUUUUGGUCCAAUAAUUUCCCAACUGGAGAGAGUGAAAAGGAGAUUCAUGGGGCAGUGGAGGAGGAGGAGGAAGAGGAGGCUAUGAUGGCUGAGAUCAGGUCUAUGGAAGAGAAGCCUUUGGAGAUUGAUGGUCAGACUCACUGUACUUUUGAGAAUGUUCCAACUGGACAGAGUGAAGAAGCCAUGGAAUUUCCAGAUUGGUUGAGUAUCAAUGAUGAUUUUUUGCAGCAGCGUUCCAAUUAUCAGUUCUCGGAUGAGGAUUACCUUCAAGAUCCUGACCUAUCUUGCAUGGACAUUGGGGAGAUUGAAGAUGUGGAUGGAGAUUGGUUAGCAUGAUUGUUGGGUUUUUAUCUCAUACCAUGCUCUUUAAUAAUAUGAGAAAACGAAUGAAGCAUCUUUUUUCCCCAAA